CCACUCCAUGAAGCUCUCUACAUUCUGUUGUUGUGCUGAUCUGAAGGCCACACAAAGUUUGGGGGUCUUUAGCUAUUCACUCUGCAGACACUUGCCGACUUCUGCACACUGUACGCUUCAGCAUGCGCUCUGUCAUUUUACGUGGCCUACCACUUCGUGGCUGAGUUGCUGUUGUUCCCAGUUGCUUACACUUUGUUAUAAUACCACUAACAGUUGACUGUGGAAUAUUUAGUGGCAAGGAAAUUUAAUGGAUGGACUUAUUGCCCAUUCUUUCACAAAUGCUUGUAGAAGCAGUCUGCAU